UCCAGUAUCAGACAUCAAAUGCAUAAUGGAAUUCAGCGGAUCUGAUUUUAAUCCAGUUCUGGAUGAUUUCAUGCGAGAAUUUGACUGCGACCCUUCUGAUCGUGAAAAUCUGUCAUGGUUACUGGAAGAUUGUACAGCUUUUAAAAUUGAUGCAAGGAACGCAAUUGAACGAAUACGUCAAAAAUAUGUUAAACGAAGUGAAAAAAGAGGUGCUCAAUUUGCGGACAUAGUCUGUCGAUUACAGAAACGACCAGAUUUGAUUUAUGCAGAUGAACUGGUUCUAUUUCUCAUAGCAUAUGCUUCAGAACACCAAUAUGCUAGGAAGAUUGAGCGAAAUGCAAAGCUGGUAGAAGCAAAUGCGAACACUAGUAGUAGUUUGGUAACACCGACACCCCGACAACGUACUACCAGAUUUACUUUAAGUCAUUCGGCGACACCAAGUUCAGGGAGUAGCAGACAAAGCCUUUUUUCAUCAAAACAUGUACAACUUUCAAAUCCGCAGGCUUAUGGACUUACCGGACGAGCAGCACAUCUUUCAGUUUUAUGCGAAGAGGAACUGACAAGGCAUGUACUGAUGGCUUUGCAAGGUAUCGAAGGUACUUAUAUUAUAUGUCGCGGUGACAAGCAUGCUGACUUACAAUUAGGUGACAUGCUUGCAGUUGAUGACACCUUACGCCUUCAGUUAUUACGAUUACUACCCAUCGCAAACGCUUAUUUGCAGUUGCGAUAUGAAUCGCAAAAGCCGUCCUCGGAUCGCCUUGUUCGGGCUUUAUCCACAGGUUUAUCUGAAGUAUUAUCCAGCUACAUGUGCCUCAUAUCCAUGUUAUAUACGAAGUACAUGUCCAGUCCAGGAUCAUUCACUUGUUUGGAUAUUUUGGUUGCACUGUCCAACUGGGAAAUCUUAUUACCACUUCUUUCGAAACUCGUUUGCACUUUUGAAGGGCGCAAAGGGAUGCAUAUUUUCAACAUGCUUUGCUCAUUUUAUUGGAGCACCGCUAAUCAAUUUAUACAGCAAUUUCUGCAUGUAUUGCUGCGCCCUAUGAUGUACAUUUUUCAUGAAUGCCUUCAUAGUUGGCUUGUCUAUGGACGACUGAUAGAUCCUGGUUUCCCGUGGAUGAUCGAAUUACAAAGCAAAUGGACGGCGGAAAAAAAUUGGUCAAAUGAGUAUAGAAUAGUGGAUGAUGCAGUUCCAAUAAUUUUCCGACAAUUCAAGGGAAUUAAAGAAAAGAUUUUUGUUGUUGGAAAGACUGUAGCUCUACUGGAAUUAAUGGGCAUGGAAGAUGACGAUCUGCACGAGAGACAGCGCAUAUUUUCUUCAGUUGAUCCAUUAAAAUGCUAUUUAUGUGUCUCAGCAGGCCAUCGCCUUUGGUAUGCUGUUAAAAAAUUAAUUCAUCGAAUGAGUGGCAAAGUUUCACAGAAUAUCGUUCAAAAGUAUAACUUUCAUGCCCAUAUAUUGGCGAUUGAGCGACAUUAUUUGUUGAACGACGAAUACUUUGCACUAACCUUUUACGAAAAAUUGAAGAAAGAAACAGGCAGUGACAAUGAUAUGCUGAAACUGGAUUCGCAGCAAGUUUCUCAGGCAUUCAGUGCAGCUAUUCAACAAUGUAAGAGUUGGCCAAAAGAUAUUUUAAAGCAAGCAAAGAUCGAUGCAACUUGUGGUUUGAUGGAGGAAUUUAAUGAAACAGGUGGCUCCUCUCAUCUUGUUGCAAGUCCUCGGGAUCAAAGUGGUUAUGCAACCAUUCGUUUAAAUUAUGAAUCCAAAAUCCCCAUCUCAAUUGUUCUGAACAAAAGUGCAAUGGGACGUUACGAGAAUGCAUUUGAAUUUAUAUGGCUUCUUAUUUCAACUGAUUUUCAACUUACUGCCACUUUGCAGGAUCACCACUGUUUCAUGAAAAAUGAACCAUUGUCUGAUGCAACACUUAUAGUGAAUAUAUUCACAGUAUCUUUUGCUCGAAUGUCUCAAAUUCUGAGCACUUUGCGUUCUUACGUCUCACAUAGUAUUGUGUUACAUCUUCGAGCAGCCUUAUUUCUGGAGAUGGAUAGCGUUGGUGAUCUAGAUGGUAUCAUAGAGGCACAUAAUCGAUAUCUUGGACAACUCGAAGAGGGCCUUUUCUUGAAUGAAGAAAACACGGCAUUGCAUAAUUUGUUCUGUGUACUUUUCUCAUUAAUAGCAGAUCUUCUCAGAUACUAUACCGCUUUUCGAUCAGAGAUGGUUGAUACAAUUGAGGCCCGUGAACGUUUCAGUAAGCAGCAGAAAAUUUUGACUGGCAAAGAUUUUCACGAUACCAAAUUUUUCGAACAAGAAGAAGAACGAAUUCGUUUAGAAGAACUGCAACAGCAUUUGGAAGAAUAUUAUCGGCCAAAAGUGAAAACUCUAAAUUCGAAAUUUGUGCUUCUUAUACGGGAUAUACUCAAUAUUUUAAUGGCACCACCGUGCAAAAUGCAUUAUAUCGAACUUGCAUUGCAGCUAGAUUUAACAAGCUUUUACCGGCUUUGUGAAAUUUAAUAAUUAAUUUCGAGGACAGUUCUGGAAAUCUCCAUGUCAUUUGCUGCUGAGUUGUUCGACCGUACAUAUCAGGUUUUUAGACAUACGAUACCAGCGGAUAUUGUUUUUCUUUUUGUCCCUAUUUAGUCACGAAUUUAUUUGAAUGAGAUUGAAC